AGAUGUCGCUAGCGUAGUUUAAAAUAUAUUUCACGCUGCGUCUGAUUGUUGCGAGUUUUCUGAAAAUUAUGAAGCUUCAGCACUAGCUUUUCCAGAAAGUACGUGCUAAAACUGGAAAUUACAGAUGGCAGGAAGAGGUAGGGGAAGAGGAGGUCGAGGUGUUUCCUUUAAUAUUGAUCAAUUGGGAUUUGGUAGAGGAGAAGCUCUUCCUAAAGCAACAUUACAACCUCCACCAACUUUUCCAAAUGUUACACAAGUUGAUAAAAUCCUUAAAAAAUUGGAAUUUGACUUAACAGACUCUGUUUUAUAUCUUCAGCCGUUAACUCAACAAGUCCAUCCUCUACAAACAUCCGAAGAAAUUUCUUACAUUAUAGCUGUAAAGCAAAAUUUUAGAAAUAAGAUGAGAGAAUCUGGUUACAAUGUUUUAGCUGAAAAAGAUAAAUGUUUAAAGAAAUAUAGCGAUAAAUAUCAAUUAGGAAUACAGAAUGGUAGCUGGGAGCCAAAUCUCAAAAUUUUACCUUCGGAACUUCAUCCUAAGAAGAAGAAAAUGCGAAAAAUGGUGAAACCAAAUAUAACUAAAUUGAAACUCGAUGCUGAUAAAAAACUAAAAGAAUUAGAAGAGUUUGAAAAAGUUAAUGAUGACGAUGAUGUCGAAGAAGAGGAGAAAAAGAAUGAAGAAGGCAUCAUUGAAGAGGAGGAGUAUGAUGAAGAAGAUCUUGAGGAGACUGAUUAUAAUAUGACUUAUUUUGACAAUGGUGAAAGCUACGGAGGAGAUGAUGAUGAUGAUCUUGAUGAAGAUGCUCUGUACUAA